CCGACGGCGGUGCAGGCGGACGUUCGCGCCGGUUCCGGGCGCGUCUCGAUGGUGUCGGGGACCCGCGACCCCCGGAGCGCGCGGCUGUAGCGGCCGCGGGGGGCGGCGCCGGCCGGGGCCGCAGCCGGGCCGAGCCCCGCAGGUCCGGGGUCCCCCUGAGCCCGCGCCGGUCCCGGGAUGGGCGCGGAGAGCAGCGCGCUCCGGAGCCACGCGCUGGCGGGACCCCCCGAGACGCUGCCCGGCGGCCUGGCCGUGUCCCCCGCGCGGCUGCAGGAUGGACGCGCCGCCUCCGUGUUCCGGUACCGCCGCGGCAAGGAGGAGCGCGUGCACCAGGCGGCCCAGCAGCUGAAGACGCUGCGGCACCCCAACCUGCUGCGCUUCCUGUCCUGCACGGUGGAGGCUGACGGGGUCCGGCUGCUCACCGAGCGCGUGCGGCCCCUGCAGAGCGCGCUGGACUCGCUGGCCCCCGCCGAGGUCUGCGCCGGCAUCUACGACGUCCUGCAGGCGCUCAUCUUCCUGCACGACCGGGGGCGGCUGACGCACAACAACGUCUGCCUGGCCUCGGUGUUCGUGAGCGAGGAGGGUCACUGGAAACUGGGGGGCAUGGACACCGUCUGCGGCAUCCCGCAGGCCACCCCGGAGUUUCUCAAGAGCAUCCAGCCGCUGCGGGACCCGGCGUCCAUCCCUCCUGAGGAGACGGCGCCCGACUUCAGCACGCUGCCCGAGGCGCACGGCCACGCCCGCGACGCCUACUCGUUCGGGGUGUUGGUGGCCAGUUUGCUGCGUGAGCAGGCCGAGGCGCUGGGCAGCCUGCAGCCCCCCCUGCACGCCGCCCUCCUGCACCCGCUCCCGCACGCCCGCCCGCCACUCCGCACGCUGCUGGCCCACGACUUCUUCAGGAACGACUUCCUGGAAGUCGUGAACUUCUUGAAGAGCCUGACGUUGAAAAGCGAAGAGGAGAAAACCGAGUUCUUCAAGUUCCUGCUGGACAGGGUCAGCUGCCUGUCGGAGGAGCUCAUCGCCGCCCGCCUGGUGCCGCUGCUGCUCAACCCGCUGGUGUUUGCGGAGCCCGUGGCCGUGAAGAGCUUCCUCCCGCACCUGCUGGGCCCCAAGAAAGCCGGCGGCCCCGGGGAGGUGCCCUGCCUGCUGUCGCCGCCGCUGUUCCGGGCGCGGGUCAUCCCGGUGCUGCUGCAGCUCUUCCAGGUCCACGAGGAGCACGUGCGCCUGGUGCUGCUCGGCCACCUGGACGCCUACGUGGGCCACUUCUCCCCCGAGCAGCUGCGCGGCGUCAUCCUGCCGCAGGUGCUGCUGGGGCUGCGUGACAGCAGCGCGGCCAUCGUGACGGCGACACUGCACAGCCUGGCCGUGCUGGUGUCCCUGCUGGGGCCCGAGGUGGUGGUGGGCGGGCAGCGGAGGAAGAUCUUCAAGCGCAGCGCGCCCAGUUUCAGCAGAGCCCGCGACCCGUCCCCGCGAGGUGACCCGUUCUCUGAGCCACCGCCGUUCCCCAUGAAUGGAGUCGCAGGCGUGAGAAACGACUCCGGAGACGAAGACGGUGUCCCCGCCAGCACUGCUCGGACGCCCGAGGACUGGCCGGACUGGGGUGAGCCCGAGGAGCCGGACAAGAGUGACCCGGUGUCGCCGCUGCCCCCGGCGGUGCCCAGCCCGGACGCCAAGGAGCCCCGGGAUCAUGCGGCCGCUGGCCGAGACUCAGGGGAGCAGAGCGCGGGCCCCAGCCCCCCACCCGCCGCAGAGCCGGAGCCGCGGCCACCCAGGCCCCCCGAGACGGGCCAGAGGCCAGCGCACGAGGGGCGCCCGCGGCCGCCCCGGCUGGGGCUGGGGGAGGAGUUCACCAUCCAGGUGAGGCCGCCGCCCCCGGCCGAGCAGGACUGGUUCGCAGACAUGGUCCCCGAGAUCACGCCCUCGGCCGUGGGGCUGCUGCUCGCCGAGCCGCCCCCGCCGCGACCCCCGUUCUCCGCCAAGUUCGCCGCCGCCGAGAUGCCCGAGGGAGAGGCCGAAGGCUGGGGCGAGGAGGGGGAGCUCGGCUGGGAGGAGACGAGCUGGUGACCGGAGGGGCCUCCUCGCCACGCGCCCACCCGAUACCUCAGAGCCCACGCCCGGCCCGGAGCGAGCGGCGGCCCCUCCCGGGGGCCCCGGAAGGGAAUAAACGCAGAUUCCAGCCGA